GGUACGUUAUGUUCCACCACUGCUUGUGUGCCUGCUUUGCCUGACCUCCUGUGGAUACCAGCAGCAAGCAAAUGCUCUGAACAGAACCAAAACAAACAAUGGCCUGCCUUACAAUGACAAAUAUGGAAGGUACAGCAGCUUCCACUGUCCGCCAGAAUGGUGACAUCCAUGGGAAUACCAGUGCACCCAAGCAGACAGAACCAUUGCUUCAAGUGUACCUUUAUCAUUCUCCUGGGAAGACAGGAGGAGAUUACCUUCAGUUUUCAGCUGGAGAAUAUGUUGCAGAAGAGAUUUGCGCUGUUGCCUGUAAAGCCUGUGGUAUCAUGCCAGUGUAUCAUAACAUGUUUGCACUCAUGAGUGAAACAGAGAGAAUGUGGUAUCCCCCAAAUCACAUCUUCCAUGUAGAUGAAGGAACCAGACUCAUCCUAAUUUACCGGAUAAGGUUUUAUUUUCCCCACUGGUAUUGCAAUGGCACCAGCAGAGCAUAUCGAUAUGGCAUUCUUCGAGGUGCAGAAAGCCCUGUUCUUGAUGAUCUUGUCAUGUCUUACCUAUUUGCACAGUGGCGAGAUGAUUUUCUGGAUGGAUGGAUACAGAUGCCUGUUACUCACGAAACACAAGAAGAAUGCCUUGGAAUGGCUGUUCUAGAUAUGAUGAGAGUGGCCAAAGAAAAGGACCAAACCCCACUGGCUAUUUACAAUUCAGUCAGCUACAAAAUGUUUCUGCCUAAAUGUGUGCGAGCAAAAAUCCAAGACUACCAUAUUUUGACACGAAAAAGAAUAAGGUACAGGUUCCGAAAAUUUAUACAACAGUUUGGCCAAUGCAAAGCUACUGCCAGAAACUUGAAACUUAAGUAUCUUAUAAAUCUGGAAACCCUUCAGUCUGCCUUCUAUUCAGAGGUUUUUGAAGUAAAAGAACCUGGUGGAGAUCCUUCUGGAGAGGAAAGUUUUGCAACCAUUGUAAUAACUGGAAAUGGUGGAAUUCAGUGCUUAAGAGGAAAACUUAAAGACUGUGAGACACUGGCAGAGCAGGAUUUACAAACUUACUGUGAUUUUCCUGAUAUCAUUGAUGUCAGCAUUAAACAAGCAAGCCAAGAAGGCUCUAGCGAGAGAAGAAUUGUCACCAUCAACCAA